AUGGCGGAGCCGGUGGGGGCGGUGGAGGCGAAGGUGUUGGGGUUUUUGGUGUUUGUCGGGUUGGGGUUUGGGUUGUCGGCGGCGGGGGGGACGAUGUUGGCCGGGGCGGAGGCGCCUGUUUGGGAGCAUGCGUCUGCCCAAGGCAUCGUGGCACAGGUCCGCAUCUUUGGCGGGAGUAUCGGGAUCGCGGCGUCGUCGGCUAUCCUGGGGGCUAAGACCAGGGGCGAGCUGGCCGGCGGAGAGCUGCCGCCCGAGAUGCUAGCGAACCUGGCGUCGGACCCGUCGGCGCUCUCGCCGGAGCAGUGGGGGUCUAUCCGGCGGGCGUACACGGAUGCGCUGCACGAGGACAUGAUUGUGUGCUGCGCGGUGCUGGCUGCCGCUAUGGUGGUUACUCUAGGGGUGUACCGGAAGAACAGGGUGUCGAUGCAGGAGAUGAUGAAACAGCGGUACCGCGAGGAGGGAGAGAGGCGGCGGGCGGCAAAGGGUGGGAGUGAACAGCGGGAUUAUCCCGGCGACGCGGCGGUGUAG